AUGAACUACUGCAUGCAAGAGAUAUAUGAUGCACACCAGGCAGCCUUGUCCAACUGCUGCCUGCAGCCCCCUGAAUAUUGUACAUAUAUCGAAGAUAGUCAGAGCUACAAUAAUUCUGAAUCUCAAGUCCUGCAUAACAAUAAUAUGUACAUGGAGCAGGCCUGGGCGGUGAAUCAGCCUUAUACCUGUAGUUACCCUGGAAACAUGUUUAAAAGCGAGUACUCUGAAUUAGACAUGGCCCUGAAUCAGUACAGCCAAAACGACUAUUUCCCUGAAGACAAAACUACUUUUCCACAAGGGCAAUCUCCGAUGUACUCUCAGAAAAAAGGGUACAUACCCAGCUACUUGGACAAAGAUGAGCUGUGUGUGGUUUGUGGAGACAAGGCUACAGGGUAUCACUAUAGAUGUAUCACCUGUGAGGGCUGCAAGGGCUUCUUUAGAAGAACUAUCCAGAAGAACCUCCAUCCAAGCUACUCGUGUAAAUAUGAAGGAAAAUGUGUGAUAGACAAAGUUACAAGGAACCAGUGCCAAGAAUGUCGCUUCAAAAAGUGCAUCACCGUCGGCAUGGCAACAGACUUGGUCUUGGAUGACAGUAAACGUUUAGCAAAAAGAAAGCUCAUAGAAGAAAACCGAGAAAAAAGACGCAAAGAUGAGUUACAGAAAUCACUGGUACAGAGACCUGAACCAACUCAAGAGGAGUGGGAGCUGAUACAGGUGGUGACCGAAGCACAUGUGGCCACCAAUGCACAGGGAAGUCACUGGAAACAGAAACGAAAAUUUCUGCCAGAAGAUAUUGGACAGGCUCCUAUAGUCAAUGCGCCUGAAGGUGGAAAAGUCGACCUGGAAGCCUUCAGCCAGUUUACAAAAAUAAUCACCCCAGCAAUUACAAGAGUGGUUGAUUUUGCCAAAAAGUUACCAAUGUUUUGUGAGCUUCCGUGUGAAGACCAGAUCAUUCUGCUUAAAGGUUGCUGCAUGGAGAUCAUGUCCCUACGAGCAGCGGUGCGGUAUGACCCAGAAAGUGAGACUCUUACACUGAACGGGGAGAUGGCAGUCACAAGGGGGCAGCUGAAAAAUGGAGGACUCGGAGUAGUUUCAGAUGCCAUCUUUGACUUGGGUGUAUCUCUGUCUUCGUUCAAUCUUGAUGAUACCGAAGUCGCCUUGUUGCAGGCUGUGCUGCUCAUGUCAUCAGAUCGCCCUGGUCUUUCCAGUGUGGAGAGAAUAGAAAAGUGCCAGGAAGGUUUCCUCUUGGCUUUCGAACACUACAUUAAUUAUAGGAAACACAACGUUGCACACUUUUGGCCAAAACUGCUGAUGAAAGUCACCGACCUCCGCAUGAUUGGGGCCUGCCAUGCCAGCCGGUUCCUGCACAUGAAGGUGGAGUGCCCCACUGAACUGUUUCCCCCUCUGUUCUUGGAAGUGUUUGAGGAUUAGAACAGACUGUGCUUCUGGAUUCUUGUCACUAGUGGGAUCUCCCCUUCCAUUCCAUUGCCUCCGUCACUUUUUCUUUUGUUCUCGUCCGUUCUAAAAAGACAUGGAUAAAAAUGUUCCUCUGAUGCGGGUACUCGUGACUAUCGUGUUUUUUUUUGUUAUUCUGUCCUUUUGAUGUGAAGUUUAUCCAUGGAAGU